AUGGCGCCCCGCAAUAUGAAGAAGAACAGUGAUACGAUCACUUCCCGGCUUGCUCUGGUCAUGAAGUCCGGCAAAGUCACGCUGGGAUACAAGUCCUCAUUGAAGGUACUCCGUAUGGGCAAAUCAAAACUGAUCAUCAUUGCUGGUAACACUCCACCACUUCGAAAAUCUGAGCUUGAGUAUUACGCUAUGCUCUCCAAGACUCCUGUACACCAUUUCCAUGGCAACAACAUCGAACUUGGUACGGCAUGCGGUAAACUAUUCCGGUGCUCGAUUAUGACAGUCCUUGAUGGCGGUGAUUCCGACAUAUUGACUGAAGCUAUUGCUUGA